AUGGCCGAUUCAGCCGCGCUCUCCACCUCCCUACCCCGCUCGCUGGCGUCCAGGAGGCCCCUCUCGUCCCCUCUCCACGCCAGGGCCCGGGCCAGCUCUCAGCGCCGCUGCCGGCUCGGAUCGCGCUCGCUCCACCGGUUGCGUGCUCGGGCGGGGAAGGACGAUCUGGAGGACCUCUACGGGCCCUACCCAUGGGACCAGCCCUUGGAUCUCACCACUGGGUUCGACAUUCAGUGGGUGCCAGAAGACAGAGUCACGCUGUUCACUUCUGAUGGCCUGAUCCAAAUUGGGGGUUCCCUGGUUCCUCGUCGAGUUAGUGCUUCUGAGAAGAGGCAACGGAAAAUGAAGAGUGCACAAAAGUUGCGCCGGUUUCAGGAGAGCUCUUACAUGGAUCCAAAUCAAAGUCUUUGCCUUGGAGCACUAUUUAACAUAGCAGCAACAAAUGGCCUAGACAUGGGCAGAAGAUUAUGCAUCUUUGGCUUUUGUCGUUCUAUUGAAAUGUUAAGCGAUGUGGUGGAAGAUACAGUAUUGGAGCAUGGUGGCGAGGUUGUCACUGCAGAGAAAGCAAACAAUGACGGCCUCCAGGAGAAGCUAACCAUGUCUGUCGCAGUACCAUUGCUGUGGGGGGUUCCUCCAGCAUCAGAGACCCUCCAUGUCGCUGUGCGGAGCGGUGGCGGUAUUGUUGAUAAGAUCUAUUGGCAGUGGGACUUAUUCUAG